AUGCUUCGCACAAUCACCCGCAACACCUUCACCAAGACCUUCAAGCCUUCAUCGGCUGCCGCCCUCCGCACUCGCGGUAUGGCCGACAAGAAGAUCGAGGACCUCGCUCAGGCUGCUGGCGAGGCCAAGGAUACCAGCCCCAAGGAUCCUUCGGUCAUCUCAUCUGCUGGUGCCAUUGGCAAGCAGUUCAACCCUGAUGGCAACGUUGGCCAGAUUGGCGAGAAGGCAAGACCAAUCUCCAUCGGCGGAGCUUUCUCCAAGGAUGGCGCCAUCGGUUCUCAGUUCGACGCAUCCAAGGACGGUCUCGCUGGCCAGGUCGAGAAGGCCGUGGACGGUCCCAGCAGACCCGCCACCGAGAAGAAGUAA